GCAAGAUAUACUAUUUUUUUAUAUGCCAAAUUCAAAAGAAACAUUGUGACUAGUAGCGGGACAAGAUUGAAAAGGGCAAUGAUAGUGGUUUGUUGAAGCGGGGUGGCCAAGUAAACCAAACAACCUCUGAUGCUUCUGUCUCUGUUCUCUCCACUGUCCCUUCCUCUGCUUUCCUCUGUUUCUUCUUUGAGUUGAAAACAAUAUCGGAUUUUUUUCUCUGUGCUACUCGGCUGCCUAACUUGUGUUUUACUCUUCCCCUUUCACUGUAUUGUAUCAUCCAAGUUUCUGUGCGAUUCACCUAGCGAGUUUCUAAGAUGCUGUGUCGCUGUAUGGAUGCAGAGUAAUCUUUCUGUUUCUGAUACGUAUGUUUUGGGUCUCUUCAAAAUAUGGUUUUCUCUUUCGCUUUGGCUUAUCCCUUGGGCUUCUCUGAUUCUUACACUUCAGGAAGCUUUCCUUGUCUUUCCCCUGUUUUUACCUAAUUGGUUUUCUAGAGAGAAAAAAUCAAGAUACGAAUUCCAAAUUCCAUUAUUUAUUUUUCUGGGAUACAACCGUUUUGGGCAAUGUCCUUCCGUUUGAUAUUUUUGCAUCCUCUCUUACUCUCCUUGCUUGGGUUACCUUGAUAUUCCUAGAAAGCCUGCCUAAUUUCAUGUUUGAUGGGUUGUCCUUGAUUUGUCGUGUUGUAAUUUAUAUUUACUUUGUAGAGAAAAAGGAAAGAAACAUUGAAAAAAAAAAUCCAUUUUUUUGUGUUCCUAAGUUAGCCCUCAUCAUGAAAUUUCUCACUUUCCUGGUGGGUGUGUGAUAUCUUUUCUUUUACUUGAGGGUUUCUGUGUUCGUUGGUCACAAAAAGAAAAAUGAAGGAAAAGGUGGAUUCCCCCGUUACAGUUCUGGAAGACUAUUUCAGGAGCUCGGAUUCAGAAUCAAGUUCUUCCAAAGAGCCUGCAGUGGAUUCUGAAUCUCAAGACCUUUCAAAACAUGGUUCUAGGUGGCAUGCAUUUCUUCACUUGUUUAGAAGUGGGUCGAAGAAACAUACGAACACGUUGCACCCUCUCGGUGCCCUCAAGCUCUCCAAAAGAAUGAGCACUAGCAUGAGGGAGACCAUUCUCCCAAGUUGUUUCUUGGAUGCAAAUGCAUCCCCUUGCAGGUCACCGUGGAAGAUCUUUACUCAUCAUGAGAUUCAGGUUGCAACCAAUUCAUUUAGCCAAGAAAAUUUGAUUGGGAAAGGUGGCUAUGCUGAAGUGUACAAAGGGUGUUUGCCAAAUCGUCAGCUAGUGGCAAUUAAACGUUUAACAAGAGGAACAGCUGAUGAAAUCAUAGGGGAUUUCUUAUCAGAGCUCGGUGUAAUGGCUCAUGUAAACCAUCCCAAUACUGCUAAGCUGGUUGGCUAUGGAGUGGAUGGUGGAAUGUAUCUGGUUCUUGAGUUGUCUGAAAAAGGAAGCCUAGCUUCAGUUCUUUAUGGUUCCAAGGAGAAGCUACCAUGGUGUACAAGGCACAAAAUUGCAUUAGGAAUAGCUAAGGGUAUACUAUAUCUUCAUGAGGGUUGUCAAAGAAGAAUCAUCCACAGGGAUAUAAAAGCAGCCAAUAUCUUGCUCACGGAGGACUUUGAGCCUCAGAUUUGUGAUUUCGGGCUAGCAAAAUGGUUGCCAGAAAAUUGGACUCACCACACGGUUUCAAAAUUUGAAGGAACUUUCGGUUACCUUGCACCCGAAUACUUGCUACAUGGCAUAGUGGACGAGAAAACAGACAUAUUUGCAUUUGGUGUGUUGCUAUUGGAAUUAGUGAGUGGGCGUCGAGCACUUGAUUAUUCACAGCAAAGCCUUGUAUUGUGGGCAAAACCAUUGCUGAAAAAAAAUGAUAUCAUGGAGCUCAUUGAUCCUUCACUAGCAGGUGACUUCGACUCCAGGCAAAUGAAUCUUAUGCUCUUAGCUGCUUCUUUGUGCAUACAACAGUCCUCGAUUCGUCGCCCCUCUACAAGACAGGUUGUACAGCUUCUGAACGGCAAUCUUAGCUGCUUUAAGGGCAUGAAGAAAACCCGAAUGCCGUUCUUCAGAAGAGUCUUCCGAGAAGAACUUCAUGAUUCCGAAUAGCUGAAUUCAACAUAGUACUCACACGAUCGUCAAGGCUGAAAGGUGGUCUCUAUCAUCUCUUCUUUCUGCUGGAACUCAAAAUUUUGCCUUUGCCUAGCCCAUAAAACAGCAUGCUUCUAUAACCUUCAACCUCUGUACAUAAUAGAUUCUUUAUAGAAAAAUAGGGUCUACCUAAAUUAUUUGUUGAAUAAAAACAAAUACCUUUUCUCUCCCUUCCUUUACAUAAUUCUUACAAAUAGGUGGAAAAAGUUCAUUACGUGGAAAGCACAAAAAGAAAGGCACUAUAAACUUUCGGAUGUAAACAAAAUCUGUUUUAAGAUUUGGGUCUCUUGGAAGCAUUUGAUCGAAAAAAUUGAUUUGUGUUGGAGAGUAGUGGAAGUGCAUAAUCUUCAAUAAUUGUUAGUAGCUCUUGGAAUGUUCAUACCAAUCAACUGCACCACAUUGCAUACAGACACGAUAUAUGCUAAGUGAAUUGAGGCCGCACAAUUCUUAUUAAAUAGUCAUCAUAUAUAUACUUUUGCUUU